CUCUCUCUCUCUCUCUCUCUCUCUCUCUCUCUCUCUCUCUCUCUCUCUCUCUCUCUCUCUCUCUCUCUCUCUCUCUCUCUCGCCAAUAGAGGAAAGUAAAAAAAUGGCAUAAUCACUAAACAAAACAUCCUCGAUUUUUCAGUAAUAAAAUGACAGGAAGAAGCCACCACAAUAGUUUCCAGUUUACAACGACAGUGCAGCCACCCACAGGCGGUUACAUGUAUACUUUUGGGAACAACUCGGAGACUGAAUAUUCAGAGGAGGAUGGUGAGACGUUUGAACUUCGUUCCAGGGGGAAGGAGCGGCAUCGCAGGAGCACAUCUACAGAUCGGAAGGAUGAUAUUGUGUACUUGAUAAGGGACAUUAAAGAGGGAGAUACUCUUAUCAGCAUUUCUCUGCAGUAUUUCUGCACAGUUGCAGAUAUAAAGAGGGCCAAUAAUCUACUGACCGAGCAGGAUUUCUUUGCCUUGCGGUCUAUAAGGAUCCCUGUAAAGAAGUUCAGCUCUUUUACAGAAACCCACAAUACCACUUCUCACAAAACCAGUUCACCUGGUGGCACUCACAGAAUCGCAGAGAUCCCAAUUCCUGGAGCUUCCUUGGACUCUUCUUCAUCAUCCUCAUCAGCUGAUAGUGUGGAGUGCUUUCUGCAGGAGAAGGAUAAAGACAUUGAACUAGUCAAGUCCUCUGCCCCAUCCAGGAGCAACCUGAGUGAGGUAGUUUCUUCACUGGAGCAGCCUCUUUUGGGUGACCCUGAUCGCAGACCAUUUCAAAAGAAAGACCCAUAUUAUGGAGCCGACUGGGGAAUGAGGUGGUGGACUGCAGUGGCUAUCAUGUUGGUCGUGGGCAUUGUUACACCUGUUUUUUACCUGCUGUACUAUGAGGUCCUUAUGAAAGCAGAUGUUAGCCACCACACUACAAUAGAUUCUGUUAGACCUGGACCAACACAACCAGCUGUCGCUGAGCCACUUGUUUUACCACAGGCCAGUGCUGGCUCUUACCCUGACUCUCACGUACAGCCUGUUAGGAAGCAUGAUACAGAAACAUGAAUAGUACCAGGCAAUCAAUUUGAAGUUAUAAGCAAAACUACAUUUAAAGGUGACAUUAUACUUCAAUACCAUUGAGGAUUGAUUAAUCCAGUAAUAAUUCCUUAUGUUUUGAAUUUUUCCUUGAUAAAUUUUGCACAAUUAAAAACUGGUUUUGUUGGGUAGGUCACUCAUGAGCCAGUGUAUAGUUCUGUACCUCCAGUAAGCUCAGUUUGCCUUAUGGCUACUGUCUAGUUGUCAGGAAAAUAAACAAUACUUUAUUUUUAAGAAAUGUAUCCAAAAUCAGUAUUGCAAAUAAUGGUAACAAUGUUGCUUGGAUAAAACAGAAACAUAAUGGAGGAAUGUUUCUGUUUAGCAGGAGCACAAUAAUAAUUUGUGAAAAGUUCUCAGACAUGUGCUCACAUUGAGUCAAACAGCAGGUUUAAACAUUUUAAUAAUAAAGGUGGAGUACAGUUAUUGCUUUUGAACAUGUGCCUUCAUCCUGUAUUCUGUAGAUGCAGGUUGAAAAUAAAGAAACUAUAUUUUAGUA